AUGAGACCGGCUGAAAAGUCUCAACAGGGGCCCACCAGUGCAGAUGGAGCAGGAACGAAUUUCCCUCAAUGUACUAAAUUAAGAAGUUCUCAUAUGCAAGAAUCACCCUUUGAGAAUAGAAACACCUCGGUAGAGCACAAGUCAAGGGAGUCUCGACUACAAUUAUUGAUGAAAAAAUGGCUUUCAUCAAGCGCAAUAGGGCGCCAUUGUAUUUCCAACGGGGUUGCUAUGCGUUAUUUGAUAGACUCUUUAUUUUCACUUCCUAAUGAGCUGCUAAAGUGCAGCAGAGAACCGAAUAUUUCCUUCGGAAAUCAAUUAAAGGCCUCUCUCGAAGCGUUUUUAUGGCCUUGGUUGAGGGAAGACUUUGAUAAAAAUCAUAGUGGAGCGCUUACGGAACUCGUUGAUGAAAUAUUAGAAAUACUUCCUUGGGAUUCCGAUGAUGUGCCUCUGCUUCUAUUUCCAAAUAUUUCCUGUGCUCCCUUUGACGAGCGGCCUGUAGAGUUUAACGAAAGCUGUACACCAGGACCCACGAUAGCCGAUAUCUUUCCGGCUUCGCAAUUGAAAGAGGAUGGUAGAAUUGGAGGAACAAUUGCUCUAAACACAUGCUCAACCAUAGAGUCUCCCCACGUGCUUUCGCAAAGGGCUAGGCGAGCUGAGCGGCGUAAGGCAACCACAUCGGCAACCGUUGCUGAUAUCCAGACGACCUCUUAUUCUGCGCCUGUAUCUCUUUAUGAUGAUGAAGAUUUUGGAACGCGGUUACGAGAUGUAUUUCUCGAGGGCUUUGAUCUCGAUCUUAAAGGCCGACCAAUCAUUACUGAUGGAACGCUCUCAAUACCAUUUGGGCGCCGUCUCGGGCUAAUUGGGCGUAAUGGCGUAGGAAAAUCUACACUAUUAAGGGCACUAGCGACCCGCCAACUUCCGGUUCCACGUCAAAUUAAGAUCAUCUUUGUGGAGCAGGAGGUUCAUGGUGAUGAUACACCUGCUAUUGUUUCGGUCAUGGAGGCUGAUGUGCUGCUUUCUUCACUAACUGCAAGGGAAGAAGAGCUUCAGGCUCUUAUGGCAACGCAACCAGAAUCUGCAGCCACAGAAGCGGCCCGCGGCUCUGCACUCGCAGAGCUCGCAAAGAUUCACAUUCGCAUGGCAGAAAUUGGUGCCGAUGGUGCGCGAGCGCGGGCCGCUACGAUACUUGCCGGACUUGGAUUUGUGCCCGCCGUUCAGGAGCAGCCGACACGGCAAUUUUCUGGCGGUUGGAGAAUGCGUUUAGCACUUGCUCGAGCUCUCUUUUGCCGGCCAGAUCUAUUGCUGCUGGAUGAGCCCACAAAUAUGCUUGAUUUGCCCUCGGUGCGUUGGCUCUCUUCCUUUUUGAGUGAAGAAUGGCGCUCCUCGCUGAUUGUAGUUUCUCAUGACCGUGACUUUCUUGAUACAAUCACAACCGAUAUCCUUCAUUUGCACCACGGAACUCUUGACAGCUACAAGAAUGCUACAUAUUCCUCAUUUGUUGUAGCCAGAGCCGAGCGCCAAAUUCACCACGAGCGUGAGCGGGCUGCUAACUUGGCAUAUCGCCAGUCACUUCAGGUAUUUAUUGACCGCUGGCGCUACCAGGCCUCCAGGGCCGCUUUGGCGCAGUCCAAGAUCAAGGUCCUCGAAAAGCUACCCAUUAUCCAGCCAUGGCCUGUGGAUCCGCCUGUUUCUUUUCAGUUUUCCGGGAUCGCUGAUCGACUUCCCGAACCUUGGCUCGAUAUUUCCACAUUAACGUUCCAGUAUCCAAGUGGUGGGUUUUCACUUACUUGUGAUGCAUUUUCUAUCCACGCCGGAGCAAGAAUUGCUCUGGUAGGUGCAAACGGCGCUGGAAAGUCAACGUUCCUUAAGAUAAUUACCAAGGAUCUUGAGCCUACCAGUGGAGCGACAAAAAUCUCCGUACAGGGCCGUCUUCGCGUCGCAUAUUUUGCCCAACACCACGUUGAUAGGCUUGACAUGAGUCUCUCUGCCGUGCAGGCGCUGGCCGGCCGGUUUGGCGAUCCCGGACGUGCAGCUGAUCUCGAAGAAACCCGCCGUCACCUUGGUGCCUUCGGACUUUCUGGCGCACUUGCUUUGCAGCAAAUAAGCACACUGUCUGGUGGGCAAAAAUCUCGAGUUGUCUUUGCGGCACUUUCGCUCCAACGGCCCCAUGUGAUGGUGCUAGAUGAGCCUACCAACCAUUUAGACAUGGAUGCCAUCGAUGCUCUGAUUGCCGCCUUAAAGGCCUUCCAGGGUGCAGUUGUGGUUGUUUCCCAUGAUGUCCGUUUGCUUCAGAGUAUUUGCACGGAAAUCUACCUUUGUGAAAAUCAUGUUGUAAAGCGCUUCCCGUCAGACAACAUCCAGGAUUAUGUGGCCUCACUUAGUCUGUAA